AUGGCCGAGAAGCCAGUGGAGUCCGAGCCCAAGGGCCUUGAGCCGGAGGCGGAUGAUAGCUCGAGCACACCUGCACAUGAUGACAUCUGGAGCGACAAGAAUGGCGGUGCUGACAUCGAAGCAGAAGGUAGAGCCCAGGUCGCACGAUUGGCCCGCCAGGUCACCAACGCCUCCAUCUCCAGCCAGGCAGGGACGGUGAACCCGUUCGCUGGUAACACGGAUCCUCGGUUAGACCCCAACUCGGGCAAAUUCAGUGCGGAAGCCUGGGUUAGGAACAUGGUCAAGAUCGUCUCGCGAGACCCCGAGCGUUUCCCCCGUCGCACCGCCGGCGUGUCCUAUCGCAACCUCAACGUGCAUGGCUGGGGCACGCCAACCGAUUACCAAAAGGAUGUCGCCAACGUCCUGUUAGAAGGGCCAGCUUUAUUCAAUCGGCUGCGAGGCAAGGGACAACGGAAGAUUCGAAUUCUUCAAGAUUUCGAUGGUUUGGCGAAAAGCGGCGAGUUACUCGUCGUUCUGGGCCGUCCCGGAAGGCAAGACCACCAUCCUUCUUCCCCAGUAAGGAAUUGUGGCUGUUCGACGCUGCUCAAGACCAUCGCAGGCAAGACACAUGGCUUCUACGUCGAUGAAGCGUCUACCAUCAAUUACCAAGGUAUCCCCAAGGAGGUGAUGCACAAGCACUUCCGCGGCGAAGUCAUCUAUCAAGCCGAAACCGAUGUCCACUUUCCACAGCUCACGGUCGGACAAACGCUGUUGUUUGCAGCUCGGGCCCGAGCCCCGCGUAACCGUCUUCCCGGUGUCACCCGCAACCAGUACGCACAGCAUAUGCGAGAUGUUAUCAUGGCAGUUUUUGGUAUCUCCCACACCAUCAACACCAAGGUUGGCAAUGACUUCAUCCGCGGAGUUAGUGGAGGUGAGCGGAAGCGCGUGUCAAUUGCAGAGGUCGCCCUCAGUGGUAGCCCUCUUCAAUGUUGGGAUAAUGCCACACGUGGCCUCGACAGCGCCACCGCGCUCGAGUUCGUCAAAACCCUCAAGCUCUCCACUGGCCUGGCUGGCGCUACCGCAAUCGUGGCGAUUUACCAGGCAUCUCAGAGUGCUUAUGAUUUGUUCGACAAGGUUGUUCUACUGUACGAGGGGCGACAGAUCUACUUCGGACCGACCACCCACGCCAAAAAGUACUUCACCGAUAUGGGCUUCAUCUGCGCGGAUCGACAGACGACAGCGGAUUUUCUGACCUCCCUGACGAACCCCGCAGAACGCAUCAUCGCCGAAGGCUAUCACGAUCGCGUUCCUCACACCCCCGCGGAAUUUGCUGCUCGGUGGAGAGAUAGCGAAUCCAGGCAGCAUCUACUUCGUGAAAUCGCCGAUUUCGAGGCUGCAUACCCGUUCGGGGGAGAUUCUCUCGAACAGUUUAAACUGUCUAGAAAGGCAAACCAGGCAAAGCACAUGACAGUCAAAUCACCCUAUACAAUCUCGAUUCCCAUGCAAAUCCGUCUCUGCAUGUCUCGUGGCUUCCAGCGACAGAGAGGAGACUUGACCAUCUUGUUCACCACCGUUUUCGGCAAUCUGCUCAUGGGAAUCAUCACCAGUAGCGUGUUCUACAACCUUCCCGACAGCACCAGCAGCUUCUACAGUCGUGGCGCCCUCCUCUUUUUCGCAGUCCUGUUCGCCGCAAUGCAGAGCGCGCUGGAGAUUCUGGCCCUCUUCGUCCAACGGCCGAUUGUCGAGAAGCACAACGACUAUGCGCUCUACCACCCUUUCGCUGAGGCGGUAGCGUCGAUGAUGGUCGAUCUCCCAACGAAGGUUGUGGUCAGUGUUUCGUUCAAUCUGGUACUCUAUUUCAUGACCAAUCUACGGCGGACACCGGGGCAUUUCUUCGUCUACCUGCUCUUCUCUUUCGUCACUACACUGGCCAUGUCUAGUAUCUUUCGCACUAUCGCCUCCAUAUCCCGGACUCUAUCUCAGGCGUUGGCCCCUGCGGCCAUCUUCAUCUUAGCUAUUGUCAUUUAUGCGGGCUUCGCCUUACCGACACCCAACAUGCACCCCUGGUUCCGGUGGAUCAACUACAUUAACCCAAUCGCCUACACUUUUGAGAGUAUGAUGGUAAAUGAAUUCCACGACCGAAGAUUCCCCUGUUCCAUAUAUGUCCCGACGGGGCCUGCCUACACAAAUGCGAGCGGCCUCGAGCGAGUUUGCCAGGCAAACGGUGCUCGAGCUGGACAAGAUUUUGUCAAUGGGGAUGACUACCUCAAUGGAUCCUUACGCUACUACAAUAGCCACCUUUGGAGAAAUUUGGGAAUUAUCAUAGCUUUCUGGAUUGCCUUUACCCUUACCUAUUUGGCCGGGACAGAAUUGGUUACUAGCAGCCGCUCCAAGGGGGAGGUUCUCGUCUUUCGUCGUGGUCAUCUUCCUCCACAGGUCAAGGAGAGUAAUGACGAAGAGUCUGGGCUGACCGAGCCUGUGGGCAGGCACCCUGUUGGUGACCCAAAACAUGAACUAGAUGACGAGAAAGAAGGCCAGACUGCAAUUAUCAAACAAACCGCCACCUUUCACUGGAGAAACGUAUGUUACGACAUCAAGAUCAAGGGUGAAGACCGGCGGAUCCUGGAUCACGUUGACGGCUGGGUGAGGCCAGGCACACUGACCGCCCUUAUGGGCGCAACCGGAGCUGGCAAAACCACGUUGCUGGAUGUUCUCGCUAGCCGCGUGACCAUGGGUGUUGUCACUGGGGACAUGAUGGUCGACGGACACCUCAGGGAUAAUUCCUUCCAAAGAAAGACCGGCUAUGUACAGCAACAAGAUCUCCACCUCCAAACCGCGACAGUGCGUGAGGCCUUGCGGUUCAGCGCCCUCCUCAGACAACCGAAGUCCACGCCUCUGAAGGAGAAGCUUGACUACGUGGAAGAAGUCAUCAAGCUGCUAGAAAUGGAAGACUACGCCGGCGCUGUGGUUGGGGUGCCUGGUGAAGGGCUGAAUGUCGAACAACGAAAACGCCUGACGAUAGGCGUGGAGCUUGCGGCAAAACCCCAACUCCUACUCUUUCUCGAUGAACCCACGUCGGGCCUCGAUAGCCAGACUGCCUGGUCCAUUUUGAGUCUGAUCACGAAAUUAUCACACAAUGGCCAAGCCAUCUUGUGCACCAUCCAUCAACCAUCCGCCAUGCUCUUUCAGCGCUUUGAUCGACUUCUCCUCCUCGCCAAGGGGGGCCAGACUAUCUACUUUGGGGACAUUGGGGAGGAAUCUAAGACAUUGACUGGCUACUUUGAAAGCAAGGGCGCCCAGCCCUGUGGGAAGGAGGAGAACCCGGCAGAAUGGAUGUUGAGGGUGAUUGGCGCCGCCCCAGGAGCGACCACCGACCAAGAUUGGUUCCAGAAUUGGCGCCAGAGCAAAGAGUACGCCGAGGUGCAAAGGACGCUGGACGACAUGCAAGACCGGCUCUCCAAAAUCCCCAUCUCGACGGAUCAUGAACACCUGGAAUCCUUUGCCACACCAUUAUGGUACCAAGUCCAGGUCUGUACCCGGCGGGUUUUCGAGCAAUACUGGCGCACCCCGUCAUACAUCUACUCCAAGACCCUCCUCGUCACCGCUUCUAGUCUGUUCAUCGGCUUUUCCUUUUGGCGAGCCGGCACGUCGCUCCAAGGGCUCCAGAACCAGAUGUUCUCCUUCUUUAUGCUGCUGACUAUCUUCGGCAAUUUGGUCAAUCAGAUCAUGCCUCAGUUCGUCACGCAGCGGAGCCUGUACGAGGCACGCGAGCGCCCAUCCAAAGCCUACUCCUGGCAGGCGUUCCUGUUCGCCAACAUUAUCGUGGAACUGCCCUGGAAUUCGCUAAUGGCCGUCAUCUCUUUCUUCUCCUUCUACUACCCGAUCGGCAUGCAACGAAACGCGAGUUGGACGAACACGGUGCACUCGAGGGGUAUACUGAUGUUUCUUCUCAUCUGGGCCUUCUAUCUUUUCACCUCGACGUUCUGCAACAUGAUCAUUGCGGGAAUCGAGACGGCCGAGAACGGGGGCAACAUAGCGACGUUAUUGUUCAGUUUAACCCUGAUCUUCUGCGGUGUCCUGGCAACGCCCACGGCUCUCCCGGGCUUUUGGAUCUUCAUGUACCGCGUCUCCCCAUUCACCUACCUCGUGAGCGCUGUCCUGUCGACCGGCCUGGCAAACGCCCCGGUCAAAUGCUCCAAGAUCGAACUCGUGCCGCUCCAACCUCCGAGUGGCAUGACCUGUGGCCAGUACCUCGGCCCCUAUAUUGACAUGGCCGGCGGCUACGUGACCGACCCAACUGCGACGCGGAACUGCGAGUUCUGCUCUGCCUCCUCGACCAAUGCCUUUCUAACACAGCUUUCCAUCAACUACGCCGACCGCUGGCGCAACUUCGGACUCAUGUGGGUGUACAUCAUCUUCAAUGUUUUCGGCGCCGUGUUCCUGUACUGGCUGCUGCGGGUGCCCAAGAACAAAAACUGGCUGCCACGUGUGCCGAGCCUCAAUUUUGGCAGAAAGCGUACGACGGCUGGUGAUGCGGGUGCGGGUGCAGGUGUGGCUGGCACCAAUGUCGACGAGCCUGAUGGCCGUGUUCCGCGUAGCCACGAUCCCAGCUCCCCAGGGUUCGGCGUUUUCCCACAAGCACCUUCGUUCAGGAGCCCGACGAGAGGAUAA